UCACCAGACCGCCUGGAGCAAAGAAGUCCAGCGUGACUACUGUGAUAAAGCGGCUCCAUUUAUAGGGUGGGGUGUGUCCAUCUGAGCGUGGUCUCGCGUGGCGGUUUUUGUUCGGGAUGUACCCGUGUGGUUCAACAGCUUUAGAGCGCUCGUUGCUGCAGGACCAGUUGGCCGUACGUUAUCAGGUGAUGAAGAGAAAAUGGCAGCACUUCCUCCCCUCAGCCAUGCGAAUGCGCCUCAAUGGUACUGAUGCUGAGUUGCUGGCAGCCGUCAGGUACUUUGACCAGAGACAGGCACAGACCCAGCAACAGUCUCAGGACAGGUCAGAGGCGGUCAGAGUUAGAAUGGCUUUUUUGGAGCUUCAGGCACAGAUAUUGUUUGAGCGGGUCACAUUUGACCGUGAGGAGCUGCAGGAAGCCAUUCGAAUCAUUGAUAAAGAUGUGCCCCGAACCAACAGAGACCUGAGCUAUUACCAAGUUGAGGCAGCUCUGCUGAAGAACUGGACCUCCGCUUUAUGCUCAUCUGAUGAAAGGCAACAUGGAGAGUACGUUUGUCACAGGUGGCUGCUGCUUGGUUUCCAGAGGGAGUUUGAACACAGCGAAGCACUACGCUUGUUCGAGAUCCUGAGAUGUGACCACCUGGAGCUCAUCUCACAGCAAGUCGACCGAGCUCGUUACCAGGAAAGAGUUGCUCAGAAAUUCAGCACAGAAGACGGUUCAGAGUCAGAGCUGCAGGCGAUCAACACUGACUUCACCUUUGAGCUCUUCAUCUGUGCAGCCAUCCUUUUAGAGCACAGAGAGUCUCUGUUGCAGUGCCCAGAUGACUUUCAGCUCCUCCAAUAUACUAACGGCCUUCAGGGGACACUGGACCUGAACAGUAUACUGAAGAAAGCCGAGCUCAUUUCUACAACUACUGCAAGCGCUGUGCUUGGGAUUUUACGAAUGGUCGCUGCAGGCCUGAUCGGAGCAACACGAGGACUUUUUUUAUCAUCUCCGUAG